UAGACCAGAGACCAGACCCUGAAGAGACCAGAGACUAGAGACUAGACCAGAGCAGAGACUCUACCACUGCAGAGAAGCAGCAGAAGAAGAAGGCGCAGAAGCAGAGACCAGAGAAGAAGAAGCAGCAGAGCAGCAGGGCCUGUACAGAGAGCAUGUCUGACUGGACCAGAGGCAGGCGGCGGGAAGCGACCAAGAGCGACGCUGAGAACGGGAGCGGUGGUCCGUCCCGGUGGUCCAACUGCAGGAAACGGGGCAUCGACGGAAGCCUGCGGGCCAGCAGAGAGGUGGAGGGCAGCGGGGGGGAGAACGGCUCCAGACCCCCCGAGAAGAGACAUGCCAGUUUCACCACUCCAGAGAGCACCGGCCCGGUGUCUCGCUGUAGUAGACGGGCUGACUGGGGCAGCCAGGUGGAUGAUGAUGAGAUGAGAAGGGGCGUGCACAGAGACAUGCAGCGUUACAGGAGGAGGAUACUUGGAGCAGAGGUUACCCAGAGGGAGAGAAAGACCUCUUCUGGAUCUUCUGAGAGCUGUGACUCAAAAGAUGGAGACAACAUAGAGACUGAUGAGGCUGUGUUGCUACGGCGACAGAAACAGAUCAACUAUGGCAAGAACACACUGGCCUAUGACCGAUACAUCAAAGAGGUUCCAAAACACAUGCGUCAGUCGGGUGUUCACCCAAAGACUCCCAAUAAGUUCAGGAAGUACAGCCGCCGCUCCUGGGACCAGCAGAUCAAACUGUGGAAGGUCAAGCUGCACGCCUGGGACCCCCCAACAGAGGACGGCCAAGACAACGUCCUGGAUAACAUUGAGGAGCUGGGUCUCGGUGACGUAAUGGACAUUGAGCUGGAAUUCCCAAACUUGCCAGACUCCCAGAAUGCCCCAACCACACACAGCCUUACUCUUGACGGUGAAGACUGUUCGGGUACUCCAGUUAAAGUACAGAAGACUGAAAAUACAGUGGAGCCUGAAAUGUCAUAGCUCAUCAUAGAAAAUAAAAUACAACAUGUUCACACACUUCUCAAGUGGUUCAGCCGUCUCCUCCCCCGACUCUCACUUCCCAUAGCCCAGAAUGACUCCAGGUACUUGAUCUGCUCGAAGCACUGCUGCAUCUGCACAGCAUCACCACGCUGUGUCUCACUUUGUAGUUAUUGGUUCAACACUGUAAAAUAUUUUGUGUUCUGUUUGCAUUCAUACUAGUGCUUCUUAAUCCAUAGACUGGGACCUUUUACAGACUACUAAUCUGCUCAGGGAGUCUUCUUUAGUGGCUAGAUUUUACAGUUGCAUGUUGAAUCAAGCUUUGUUCAGUUUAAAUGAUUUUGGAUUAGAAACAUUUGUAGCACUGAUCUGUGGCCUUGUGGAGCAGACAUCCAGGUUGGUUGAUGUCCAUUAUGUACAAAUGUUAAAUCACAUUCUGCUUGAACUUAUUAAAUAGAAAGCAAGACUACAUAGAAAGUGACUGAACUCAUAGAGUUUGGUCAACUGUUUUAAAAGGAGAUGGGCAAACCAAAGGCGAAGUACUUUACUUUUAAUGACUCAUAUUCACAAGAUUUGUUUUCUUCCCCUAAGUAUGUACAUUUUUUUAAAACAGAGAGGCAUGUCUUCAGUUAUAUAAUGGUUGUUUUUUUUUUAAUGCAAAUGUUGCUGUGUUUAUUGCUGUUUCCUUCAUGGUGAAGACUUUCAAAUAAUA